AUGUCCAGUUACGCUACAGACCUAGACGACUUCAUGGGGGGUCGUGAGGCUGUCUCACGCUCUCCGUCGGCACCCGCCGAUCGCACACCAGAGCCUCAGACCAACAAGAAGCGAAAGGCCGAGAAGGAACCCGAGCCUAACAAGAAAGCCAAGGUCAUGGAGAACAAGGCGAUCUGGAUCUCUAACCUGCCGCCUGACACCACGAAGACGGAGCUCGAGGAAGAGUUCUCACGAUACGGCAUGAUCGACAAGGGCGCCAACGGCGAGCCUCGCAUCAAUCUCUACAAGGAUGAUGAGGGCAAGUUCAAUGGCACUGCCAUGAUCGUAUACUUCAAGAAAGAGGCCAUCGUCAACGCCGUCAAGCUAGCGGAUGACUACCCUCUGCGCCUUGGCGAAACCAAGCACGGCAACAUCCGCGUUGAGCCCGCCAGCAUGGAGUACAAGAAGGAGAAGGAUGGAGAAAAGGUGGCAUCGAAGCUUACACGUCGCGAUCGUAAGGCGUCGGAACGUAACAGGCAAGAGCUCAACCGAAAGCUCAACGAGUGGUCCGACAACGAGGAAGAGGUUGCCCAAACCUUCGUGGCCAAGAAGAACAAGUGGGCGAAGACCGUCAUCAUCAAGGGCAUGUUCGACGUGGACGUGAUGAAGAACGACCCGGAUAACUAUGGCGAUGUCUUCGAUGAUACGAUGGAACCCGCUAAGGCGAUCGGCGAAGUCACCAAGGUCACGAUUUGGGACUUGGAACCUGAGGGCAUUGUCACCGUCCGCUUCAAGGAGUUCGAGGACGCAGAAAAGUUUGUGGCCUGGAAGUUCGGCGGCAAGAGAUACGAAGGGCGCGACCAAGAGCUUACGCUUGCCGAGGACAAGCCUCGCUUCAAGAAGUCCGGCCGUGGCAAUAUUCCUGACAGCGAUUCAGAAUAA